AUAACCUACAAACAUCUUUGCUAAUUGCCACACUAAUUAUUAUUUGAAAUCACUUAUAUAAUCUACAAACAUCUUUGCUAAUUGCCACACUAUAUUCAUUAUCAAGUCAUGUUAAGGAUUGUUCUUUGCUUACUAUUGUUUUAUGUUCAUGUGGUAUUACUUUUUGCUGCAAGCUCAAAAUCAAAUUGGGUAAACCAUGGUGGAGAUUUGUCAAACCGAAGAUAUGCAUACAAAGAACAUAAGAUCAGCAUCAAAACAGCAUCAAACCUAAGUUUAAAGUGGAAAUUCUAUGCUGGCAAAGAUAUUACAGCAACACCAACAAUAUAUAAUGGUACAAUUUAUUUUCCUAGUUGGAAUGGUAACAUUUAUGCAAUUAAUCAAAUUGAUGGAUCACUUGUUUGGAAGCAAAAUUUGGGGGAAUUGACUGGGUUAAAUUCAACUGGAUUUAUUAUUAAUGCAAAUGGAACAAUUGCUAGAGCAACUCCAACUGUGGCUGAUGAUUUAUUGAUUGUUGGAAUUUAUGGUCCUGCUGUUGUUAUUGGACUUAAAAGAAUAAAUGGGGAGCUUGUUUGGUUGACUCAUUUGGAUAAUCAUCCUGCAGCAAUUGUUACUAUGUCUGGAACAUAUUACAACGGGAGUUACUAUGUUGGAACAUCUUCCUUAGAAGAAGGUUCAACCAUUAAAGAUUGUUGCAAAUUUCGCGGAAGCCUCAUAAAACUUGAUGCUCAAACCGGUAUCAUCUUAUGGAAGACCUAUAUGUUACCAGAUAACAAUGAAAAAACAGGAGGAUAUGCAGGAGCUGCCAUAUGGGGAAGUAGUCCUUCCAUUGAUAUUGAUAGAAAACAUGUCUAUAUUGCAACUGGAAAUCUCUAUUCUGCCCCUAAAAACAUAACUCAAUGUCAAGAAAAACAAAAUAAUCAAACUACUCCUAUUGAACAAGACAAGUGUGUUGAACCUGAAAAUCACUCUAAUUCAAUCUUAGCCCUUGAUUUGGAAUAUGGUAAUAUUAAAUGGUAUAAACAAUUAGGAGGCUAUGAUGUAUGGUUUGUUGCAUGUAACAAUGCUUCAACUUCUAAUUGUCCUCCACAAGGUACUAUACCAGAUGCUGAUUUUGGUGAGGCACCAAUGAUGUUAACUAUAUAUGUUAAUGGAACAAAGAAAGAUGUUGUUGUUGCUGUUCAGAAAAGUGGAUUUGCUUGGGCAUUAGACCGUGACGAUGGAUCCCUUCUAUGGUUUACGGAAGCAGGUCCUAAUGGAGUAGCUGGAGGUGGAACAUGGGGUGCAUCAACUGAUGAAAAAAGAAUUUAUACCAACAUUGCAAAUUCAGAUGGUAAAAAUUUCAAACUUUUACCAUCAAAUAUGAAUACAACAACUGGAGGGUGGGUGGCAAUGGAUGCCAAUAAUGGAAAAAUCCUAUGGUCCAUAGCUAACCCUAGCAAUAGUACUGCUAGUGGCCCUGUUAGUGUAGCAAAUGAAGUUGUUUUUGUUGGUUCUACUGAUAAAUUUGGGCACAUAUAUGCAAUCAAUGCAAGAAAUGGAAGAGUUUUAUGGUCAUAUGAAACUGGAGCUAGUGUCUAUGGGGGCAUGUCAAUUAGCAAUGGAUGUAUAUAUUUAGGUCAUGGUUAUAAUGUCUCUCUAGGAUUUUACUCUAACUAUACCGGUGGGACCUCACUCUUUGCUUUCUGCGUUUAAAGAAUGAAUGAUUUUUAAACUCUUAUGACCACGUAAGAAUAUCUCUUAAAUAAUUUAUGUAAUCAUUAUAAGAAUAUGUUUAAAUAAAAGUGAGUGGAAUAGUACGUUUUA